AAGAAGAGUGUGUGCAGAGCAAGAGGGAAUGAAAGCAGAGGGGAAAUGAUGGAGAGGUGGUGACUGAUACCAUACCACCAAACAAAAAUCCUUUGGAUCUGAGAAAAAAGAUUAUUUUUUUCCCAUCAAGUUUCUCUCUUUUCCUCUUUCUUUGCCCCCACCUUAUCCUUUUUCCCUAAGAAGAGAGAAAGAGAGAACAAGUGUUGAAGUAUUGCUGCAUUUUCAGCUAUGGGAGCUCGUUGCUCUAAAUUCUGUCUAUGCUGGUGUCCCUGCAACACAAAAUCAAAUCUUCAGGACUUGCCUGAUAAUGAGGAUGUGAAGAAGGAUGAGAAGAAGGAUCCUUGGGCUGGCUUCACUGAGUACAGCUUGGAUCAACUGAGAACUGCUACUUCAGGAUUUUCACCUGACAAUAUUGUCUCAGAACAUGGUGAGAAGGCUCCUAAUGUUGUCUACAAAGGAAGGAUCGAAGAUGAUAGGUUUGUUGCUGUGAAGCGCUUCAACAAGUCUGCUUGGCCUGAUUCUCGACAGUUCCUAGAGGAAGCACGUGCAGUGGGGCAGUUGCGGAAUGAACGUUUGGCUAACUUGGUUGGUUGUUGCUGCGAAGGUGAAGAGAGAUUGCUUGUUGCAGAGUUUAUGCCCAAUGAAACUCUCUCCAAGCAUCUUUUUCAUUGGGAGACCCAGCCAAUGAAAUGGGCAAUGAGGCUGAGAGUGGCCUUGUAUUUAGCACAAGCUUUGGAAUACUGCAGCAGUAGUGGAAGGGCAUUGUACCAUGACCUUAAUGCUUAUAGAAUUUUGUUUGAUCAGGAUGGCAACCCUAGACUCUCUUGUUUUGGACUCAUGAAAAACAGCAGAGAUGGCAAAAGCUACAGUACAAAUUUAGCCUUCACCCCUCCAGAGUAUUUGAGGACUGGAAGAAUCACCCAAGAAAGUGUAGUUUACAGCUUCGGCACACUUUUGCUUGAUCUUCUGAGUGGCAAGCAUAUCCCACCCAGUCAUGCACUUGACCUUAUACGAGGUAAAAAUUUUCUGUUGCUGAUGGACUCAUGUUUGGAAGGCCAUUUUUCAAAUGAUGAUGGAACUGAGUUAGUGAGAUUAGCUUCGCGUUGUUUACAAUAUGAACCCCGUGAGAGGCCAAAUGCCAAGUCACUUGUGACUGCUCUAACUCCUCUUCAGAAAGAAACUUCAGUUACAUCACAAGUUUUGUUGGGCAUACCCGAAGAGAGUGCAUCAUCAAAGGAAACAGUUUCAUUAACACCUUUUGGUGAAGCUUGUUCUAGAAGAGAUCUCACUACAAUACAUGAAAUUUUGGAAAGGGUGGGGUACAAGGAUGAUGAAGAUGUUGCAAAUGAGCUUUCAUUCCAAAUGUGGACAGAUCAAAUACAAGAAUCAUUAAAUUCUAAGAAGCAUGGAGAUUCUGCUUUUCACGCCAGAGACUUCUCUACGGCCAUCAACUACUAUUCACAAUUCAUCGAUGGUGGGACUUUGGUAUCACCAACUGUGUAUGCAAGGAGGUGCUUAUGUUACCUGAUGAACAACAUGCCACAAGAAGCACUAGGAGAUGCCAUGCAAGCUCAAUCAAUAUCACCUACCUGGUCCACUGCAUUCUAUCUUCAAGCUGUGGCUCUCUUCAGCCUUGGGAUGGACAAUGAUGCACAAGAAAGUCUUAAAGACGGCACAACACUUGAAACCAGAAAGCAUAGAAAUUGAAGUGUAUAGUCUUUUCUCUUUUCUUUUGGUUUCCCUUCAUUUCUCAAGGAAAUAUUACAAGCAUUAGUUGUAUGUAUCUUUCUCUAUCCAGUAUUUUCUCUCAUUAUC